UUUUGAAAUCAGUUGUGGUGCUAAUUAGCUGGUAAUCAAUGUGGCAGUUAGUGAUCCUUUUCCUGCCUUUGGUUCUUGUUUAUUGGUGGUAUUACUUCUACCAUGCUCCUUAUGGCAUUCUUAAGAGAAUAGGUGUACCUCACCCUCAUCCUGUCAUACCUUUCUUUGGAAAUGGAUUAGUUGUCUUAAAGCUAGGCUAUGUGAAGGUCCUUGAAAAGUGGAUUUCUGAGAAUGGGAAAGUGUUUGGGUAUUAUGCUGGUACAGCAGUAAAUAUGGUAGUUGCUGAUCUUGACAUGAUAAAGGAAGUAACAGUCAAAAAGUUUGAUCAUUUUAUGGCAAUGCUCAAAGAGAGCCUUAUGCAAUGUCCAAAGUACGUAAAGAUAAUCACAUUGGAUCUGGUUUGCUUUUCGAAUUGGAUGAUGAUUGGAAGCGUAUCCGGCGCAAUGAUGCCUUUAAUUGAGAAAAGUUGUCAAACGCUGAAUACUGUCAUGGAAGAAAUCAGUAAUAAAGGACAGAGUUUUAAUAUUUUAAAAUUGUAUAAUAAGUUCACUUUAGAGGUUAUGCUUGCUGUGGCAUUUGGUUCUGAGGUUCAUUUGUUGAAAGGUGAAGGAAGUUUACUUGCUGAAGCAGCUGCUGGACUUUUUAAUGAUAUUGAUGAAUCAGUAUUUGUAGGUGAAGAAAUUCUGAAUUCUCAUUUUCCUCUUCUGUCAAAAUUUCUCAAUGCAAUGGCUUCAAAAAUUUUACCAUUGAGCAAUCACAUGAAGUAUAUUAAUGAAACAUCAUUACAGAUCAUCAAAUCAAGAGAAGGGCAAUUAGAAAAUAGCAGGGAAAAGUUUAAUGAUUUUCUUCAAUUGUUAAUGGAUGCCAGAGCACCAGAUGAUGAAAAUGAUUCAGAGAGUUCAAGUGAAUCAAGGAAUAAACUAACUAGUGAUCAGAUUGUAGGGCUCUGCUUCGACUUUAUGGCUGCUGGAUACGAAACAACCGCCAGCACUCUUGCCUACACCACGUAUCUCCUAGCACUCAAUCCUGAUGAACAAGAACGGUUAUGUGAAGCUAUUGAUAACUACUAUCAGGAAAAUGAAGAUGCUUCAUUGUAUGAUGCUUCACAGAAUAUUCCUUAUCUUGAUUGGGUCAUUCAGGAGGCACUGCGCAUGUACCCACCUUCACCUAUUACCAUUCGAGUAUGCAAGGAAACCUGUACAAUCAAUGGUGUUACUUUUCUUAAAGGUUGCAAUGUUAUACUUCCUAUUCAAUACCUACACUACUCACCAGAAUAUUGGGAUCAGCCAUAUGCAUUUAAACCAAGCAGGUUUAGUCCAGAAGGCAAGGAGGGUAGGAAUCCUUUGUCUCAUAUUCCAUUUGGUUGGGGACCAAGGAGUUGUAUUGGUAUGAGGUUUGCACUAAUGGAGGCUAAAGCAUGUUUAGUGAGUAUAUUGAGGAAGUAUAGGUUUGAAAGAUCACCUGAUACUCAGGUACCACUGAAGUUCAAGUUAGGCAUUUUGCAUUUACCAGUGAAUGGAAUUUUUAUAAAAGUUAAAAACAAAUAGAUGACUUUUAAAAGUUUUUUAAAGUUUUAUAUGCCACAAAAUAUGAAAUAAAGUAUUUUCCUUUACAAAAAUACAAAGUUGUAUGUAGUAAA